CCCAUCUCCAAAUCUCUGGUCUCUCGCUUCUUGGGAAGCCCUCAUUUUCUCCUGCACUGCCGCCUCAGGCCCUCCAAUUCUUCGAGGCCUUCCUUUGGCAGUUGGCCUUGUGUGUUCAGCGAUUGAUGAGCGGCCUUUUCUUUUGAUUUUGGUGUACAGAUUGGCCUUUUUUCAACCCGCCAUCUCCGCAGGCAGGGUCUUAUCAAUCGAGCAACCGCCUUCCACGCUGAGCACACGACCACCUUCCCAUUUAACGACGAGCUUGAAUACCAUCCAUUUUUCCUUUCUGGCAAAGGAGCAAACCAACGAGUCGACCACCUGCGAUCUACAGUCUCCGCUGACAUGCCCUCCCUGCGCAUUGAGCGAUGAUCCUUGGAACCGCUGCAAGGCAAUGCCUCGCCCUCCUCGUCCUUCUCCUUCUACCUCUCGCCCGCUGCGACGCCGACUUCCUCGACGUACGGACGAACCUGGAUAAAGAUCGGAGUGGGAAACGCGGGGAUCCCAAAGACAAAUACUUUCAUGAGUCGACGUUCCAUCCUCACUAUGAUGGCCGAUUCGCCCAGACACAGAUCGGCAAAGAAGAGCGGCUGCCACACUUGACAGCUCUCAUGCAGACUUUCCUUGCCACGAUGGCCGACAUUGGCGCCGAGACUUGGAUCAUGCAUGGCACACUGUUGGGAUGGUGGUGGAACCAGAAGAUCCUGCCCUGGGACUCGGACAUUGAUGUGCAAGUGUCGGAGAGUACAAUCGCCUUCCUGGCAAAGUACUACAACAUGACCGAGUACCAUUUCAGGCUACCCGGGAUUAAUUAUGGCCGGACAUACUUGUUGGAGAUCAAUCCUCAUUAUACAAUCCGCGGUGUCGAGGACAAACUGAACGUUAUUGACGCACGAUGGAUCGAUACCGAGACCGGCUUGUUCAUUGACAUUUCCACCGUCCGGGCAAACUAUACUGCAAGAGCGGAAGGUGUCGAAGGGGCACUGAUGUGCAAGGACAAGCAUCAUUAUCUGGAGCGCGAUAUAUUUCCACUACGGGACAGUUUCUUUGAAGGCAUCCACGUCAAGAUACCCUUUGAAUAUGCAUAUUUGUUGGAGGAGGAAUAUGGGAAGAAGGCCCUGACAUUGACGAUUUUCGAACACCACCGAUUCAAUCAGACGAGCAAACUAUGGGAACCGAUCUCCAACAAAAGGAACCCAGCAAAGAAACGGCCUCCCAUAAAGACACUACCGCAACCCAAGCGGCCACUGGAUGGUCACGUAUAAUGACAUUUGGUAUUCAGCAUAGCGACGGAGUUGGAUUUGCAUUUGUUGCACUUCUGGCUUGGGCAAAAGCAUUUUGCAAAGAUAGCAUGACCUACUGCCGUCAGACGUUGUAUUCACUCGAGCGAAUACCCAAUAUGUACAGAAUCCUUUCCAAACAAUUUUGCGGCACAUGUGCAUCUUCGUAUGCUGGUGCUCUGCCAACAGGGACCGGAACAACAUUCAGAGCCUUCUUACCUUCCACGUGUGCGAGGCAGCGGCGUCUGACCACCUUUGUGGGAGCUGUGCAUCAUCUACCAACGUGAUCUCGGAGUUCGAGUUCGGGGGUAGCCGCCGAAUGUCACACAAUGCUCAGAUGAUCUGACGGGCUCAAAAGAACAACAACCGGCAACUCUCGAUGAGGAUUACAUGAUACGUUGUGACAUGGUAUGGUAACACGCUCGUCAUCAAUGGCCUGAUUGGCGGCGUCGCAAGGAUCACCGACGUUUGGUGGUACUCAGACCAGCUUCCAACAGUGAUCAUGGAUUCGAAAAGGAAAGAAAAAGGCUGUACAACACAUACAGCCAUGACCUUGAGAUGGCGCAAGGUCAUCCAAACCGGGACAGAUCCCAUCGUGUGGGUGGUGCCUUGCCCAAGGAAGUUUACAUGAUGUAUCACCCAAAGCAAAGAAGAGAACGGUGGAGAGCUGUGACAAUCUGCAGCACAAUCGAACAAAUGAACGCAGCCGAUGCACAGAAAUGCAGUGACGCCAAUUUAAUUGCGUGAAACGCCGAAUUCUCGAAGCCGUCUCGCAUGACAGGGAAGACCUGCUCUUCUCAACCGAGCGAUGCCCUAUCGUUAAGGUGUUGAUUCCGAGGAGAAAGACUUCGGCGUGCCGGUUCAUCUCCAGAGUGAAAUGGCAGCCGAUGCUGUACCUUUUGCGGCUCACUUUGCCGUUGAGUCGUCCUCAGAGACUGAGUCGUAUGCACGGCUAGAGACCCCUUUUCCUGACUGAAAACCCGUCGCCUGCUAGGCUUUGACUUUGUUUUGGAUUUCGGCACAUCCUCGAACCAGUGGCCGAGCAUAAGAUGCCUCAAGUCCGUCUCCAGUGGGAAGUCGGUGCUUUGUGCAGCCCGCUUCAAAGCUUCAGUAUAAGUCUCUUGUUCCUCGGGCAACAAUCUCAGCUGAUACAGGAGGUAAGCGUUCACAAGGAUAUUGGAUCUGAUGGUGUUGUCGUCCGUCACUGUGUUCAGUAUUUGCCGAAGGCUGUGUUGCCGCCCACUAGGUAUGAGGCGAGUAUUCUCGUCCAGGUCCGUAAUGGUCAUGGUUUCCUGUGCGAUUUCGUGUUCAGGGUCAAGGUUCGCAGGCUCUGUUGUAG